GCUUUACUACAUAUUCAAAGUAAUAGUUGUUGGUGCUUCGAUAUCUAUCAAUAACAUCGCAAUGACGACGUUGUAUUCCGAGAUAAUUGGACCACGGCUUCAGGGUACUUUUCAAGGAUAUUUUCAAAUGGCAGGUGCAGCAGGCAGUCUGGUGGCACCAGUGUUCACUAGUGAUCUCUAUACGAGUUACGGACCGAAAGCGACUUGGGCUUUGGAAAUUAUGCUGUUGUGUGCAACCACUAUUCUUUGGAUAAUAUUCUAUGGAAAGAUGGUACCUAUAAAACUUGUGGAUGGUGAUGAUCAAUCGAAGGGAAAAAGGAAGUUUAGUGAUAUUGACAUUGCAUGAUCAGGUCUGCCAUUUAGUUUGAUAUUCAACACUGAGUAAGCACCUCUUCAUGCAACUUUUAUUUUUCGAAUUAC